AAAGAGGCUCCAGAAGAGUACAGAGUCUACUUUGUGCCCCUGUCGGCGAGAUGGUUGAGUCCUCGUCAAGGUUGCUGGACUAUCCUAAAAAUCCCUGUAACGUUCCUCAUACCGAGAAGUGACCGCUCGCUAGCCGCCCAGCCGCGCGCUGCCCCUUUGCGCGAGGAAUAUUCAUUUCUUUAGGACACUUGAGAAUAUGAAAACAGUUUCUAGUGACGGAUAUGCCGCCGUAUGGAACGGAUUUUUAGUCGUUUCCAACAGAGGAUGUAUCAAAUGUGGUCGGACGAAUUCCCAUAACGCUAAAACAAUGAGGAUUAAAGCGGGAUUUCUCGCUUGGAAUCUAAUCUUUUCCUUGGCGUUCACGUGCGUGCAUGGUUUCAUUUAUACUUGUGGUGGGACGUUAAAAGGAAUGAACGGGACCAUUGAAAGUCCCGGAUUUCCACAAGGAUAUCCAAAUGGUGCGAACUGUACUUGGGUUAUUGAAGCAGAGGAAAGAAACAGAAUCCAUAUAGUUUUUCAAUCCUUUGCCGUGGAAGAGGAAUACGACUUUGUAUCUUUAUACGACGGGCACCCUCACCCUGCAAACUUCCGAACGAGGUUAACGGGUUUCCAGAUGCCAGCACCAGUCACAAGCACUGGUUCCAUCUUCUCUCUUCGUCUUACCAGCGAUUUUGCUGUGAGCGCCCAUGGAUUUAAAAUCUAUUACGAAGAACUUCGGAGCAGCUCCUGUGGAAACCCUGGGGUUCCCGCAAAAGGGAUUCUGAAUGGCACCAGUUUCAACGUGGGGGACAGGAUCCGCUACCACUGCGUGCCCGGCUAUUCUCUGGACGGUCACGCCCAGCUGACCUGUGUCACCAGCACGUCCAGCGUGGCGGUGUGGGACUUCCCAAUCCCCAUCUGCCGAGCAGAGGAUACCUGUGGAGGAACAUUCCGGAGUUCCAGCGGCGUGAUUUCCAGCCCGGAUUUUCAGAACGACUACAAGAGCAGCGGUGAGUGCACCUGGACCAUCGUGGCCGACCCUGGAGACACUAUCUCGCUGGUCUUCACCGACUUUCAGAUGGACAGCAGGUUCGAAUACUUGGAGGUGGAGGGAUCGGAUCCGCCAUCAGUAUGGUUGUCUGGGGCAAAUAUUCCUGUGCCCAUUGUCAGCAGCAAAAACUGGCUGCGUCUGCAUUUCGUCACUGAUAACAGUCGUCGGCACAAAGGUUUUAGUGCACAAUAUCAAGUGAAACGGUCUGGAGAUUUCAAAUCAAGAGGGGUCAAACUAUUGCCUGGCAAGGACAACACAAAUAAAUUUUCUAUAAUGAGCGAGGGAGGCGUGAAACAAGUGUCCAACCACUGCUCAGACCCUGGGGACCCAGAGAACGGAAGACGCAUAGGCUCCGAUUUCAGCAUCGGAGCCACCGUGGGUUUCACCUGUGAUGGAGGCCACGUGCUGCAGGGGCCCAAGAGCAUCACCUGCCAAAGAGUGGCGGAGGUGUUCGCCGCCUGGAGUGACCACAGGCCCGUGUGCAAAGCCAAAACAUGUGGCUCCAACCUCUACGGUCCAUCGGGCACGUUCACGUCACCUAAUUUUCCCAUCCAGUAUGAGAGUAACUCGCAGUGUGUUUGGAUCAUCACAGCCAGUAACCCUAAUAAGGUGAUCCAAAUCAACUUUGAGGAGUUUGACUUGGAGCUCGGAUACGACACACUAACUAUAGGGGACGGUGGAGAAGUCGGCGACUCCAGGACUAUAAUCCAAGUGUUGACGGGCAGUUUCGUGCCUGACCUCAUCGUCAGUAUGACCCAUCAGAUGUGGCUCCAUCUACAGUCAGAUGAAAGUGUGGGCUCCAUUGGCUUCAAGAUCAACUACAAAGAAAUCGAUAAGGAGAGUUGCGGCGAUCCCGGCAUCCCUUUGUAUGGAUUACGGGAGGGCGGAGGUUUUUCCAACGGGGACGUGUUGCGGUUUGAGUGCCAAUUUGGGUUCGAGCUAAUCGGAGAGAGAACGAUUUCCUGUCAGAAUAACAACCAGUGGUCGGCUAACAUCCCUAUCUGUGUGUUCCCCUGCCUGUCCAACUUCACCGCUGCCUCGGGCACUGUCUUGUCCCCGGACUACCCGGAGGGUUACGGCAACAACCUCAACUGCGUGUGGCUGAUCAUCGCUGAGGCAGGCAGCCGCAUCCAACUGGCCUUUAACGACUUCGACCUGGAGCCGCCCUAUGACUUCCUGACGGUGCGGGAUGGGGAGCAGGCUGGCUCCGGUGCCACGCUGCUGGGCCGCUUCACGGGAGCUGAGGUGCCCUCACACCUCACCAGCAACUCCAACGUCCUGCAGCUGGAGUUCCAGGCCGACCACUCCAUGUCUGGCCGAGGCUUCAACAUCUCCUACAGCACGUUUGGCCAGAAUGAAUGCCCGGACCCAGGAGUGCCCAUAAACGCCAAGCGUUUUGGUAAUAAUUUCCAGCUAGGAAGUUCAAUCUCUGUGGUGUGCGAGGAAGGCUUCAUCAAGACCCAAGGCUCCGAUACCAUCGUCUGCGAGCUGGAGGGAAGGGCCGUGAUGUGGAGCGGCCUGAUUCCCAAGUGUGAGGCGCCGUGCGGGGGUCAUUUCACAGCCCUGGUGGGGGUAAUCUUGUCCCCGGGGUGGCCCGGAUACUACAAAGACUCUCUGAGCUGCGAGUGGGUCAUCGAGGCAGAGCCCGGCCGCUCCAUCAAGCUCAGUUUUGACAGGUUCCAGACAGAACUCAAUUAUGACUUCCUGGAGAUUCACGACGGGCCCAACCUCCUGUCGCCUCUGUUGGCCUCCCUGAAUGGGACGCAGAUCCCUCAGUUUCUGUUCAGCAGCGGCACCUUCCUGUACCUGCUCUUCACCACUGACAGCAGCCGCUCCAACAGUGGCUUCAAGCUCUUCUACGAAAGUGUGACGCUGGACACCCACUCCUGCCUUGACCCCGGCGUGCCCGUCAACGGUGCGCGCCACGGCCAGGACCUAUCCAUCGGCUCCGCGGUGACCUUCGACUGCGAGCCCGGCUACCGCCUGAGUCACGAUGAGCAGCUGGUGUGCGAGCAGAGCCACUGGUGGAACCACCCGCUCCCCACGUGCGACGCUCUGUGUGGUGGUGAUGUGAAGGGGUCUAAUGGUAUCAUCCUAUCCCCUGGGUUCCCCGAGCUCUACCCCAACUCAUUAAACUGCACAUGGACGGUGGAGGUCAGCCAUGGCAAAGGGGUACGCUUCACGUUCCAUGCCUUCCACUUGGAGGACCACCACGAUUACCUGCUUGUGACAGAGAACAACAGCUUCGCACGACCACUGGCCCGCCUCACGGGCUCCCAGAGGCCCCCAGACCUUAACGCCGGCCUCUACGGCAACUUCAGGGCCCAGCUGCGUUUCAUCUCUGACUUCUCCAUCUCUUUCCAUGGCUUCAACAUCUCUUUCACAGAGUAUGAUCUGGAGCCGUGCGAAGACCCGGGAGAGCCGCGCUUCGGCCGGCAGGCCAGCGGCAGCUACGGGAUCGGAGACUCGGUCGUGUUCUCGUGCGACCCGGGUUACCGUCUGCAGGGGCCGCAGGCCGUCACGUGCCUGGGCGGUGGGAGGCGCACGUGGAGCGCCUCUCUGCCAAGGUGUGUGGCUGAAUGCGGCUCGACGGUGUCCCAGAAUGCCGGUGUGCUGCUGUCCCCCAACUACCCGCUGAGUUAUGAGAACAACCACGAGUGCAUUUAUAACAUCCAGGUCCAGGCAGGGAAAGGCAUCAACAUUACAGCUAGCAGCUUCCACCUCGCUCAGGGCGACGUCCUGAAGGUGUAUGACGGGCCAGACAGCUCGGCGGACAUGAUCGGGGCUUUCUCCGGCUCCUCCAUGCUGGGAGUCCUGCUGACGAGCACCUCCAACCACCUCUGGCUGGAGUUCUACUCCGAUCAGGAAGACACUGCCGAAGGCUUCAAGCUCAGCUACAACAGUUUCGAGCUGUCCCACUGCGAUGAUCCAGGUGUGCCGCAGUUCGGCUCCAAAGUCAGUGACCAGGGCCAUUUCGCUGGCAGCACCGUUGCCUACCAGUGCGACCCCGGCUACAGUCUCCAUGGCAGCAGUAUGCUCGCGUGUAUGACAGGCGAGAGGCGGGCGUGGAACCACCAGCUGCCCUCCUGCAUCGCCGAGUGUGGCGGGAGCUUCAAAGGCGAGUCGUCAGGGCGGAUACUGUCUCCUGGAUACCCCUUUCCUUAUGACAACAACCUUCGCUGCACGUGGACCAUCGAGGUGGACUCCGGCAACACUGUCAGCCUGCAGUUUUUGACCUUUGACACGGAAGCGUCCCAUGACAUCCUGAAGGUGUGGGAUGGCCAUCCCGGGAAUGAGAUGCUCCUGAAGGAAGUGAGCGGAUCCCUGGUCCCCGACGGGAUCCACAGUACGCUCAACACGGUGACCAUCCAGUUCGAGACCGAUUUUUACAUCAGCAAGUCCGGCUUCGCCAUCGACUUCUCCAGCUCCGUGGCGACAGCCUGCAGGGACCCAGGCACGCCCAUGAAUGGCACACGCAGCGGCGAGGGAAAGGAGCCGGGCGACUCGGUGACCUUUGUGUGCGACCUGGGCUACGAGCUGCAGGGCGAGCCACGCAUCACCUGCAUCCAGGUGGAGAACCGCUAUUACUGGCAACCCAGCCCUCCUAACUGCAUCGCUCCUUGCGGAGGAAAUAUCACAGGAUCAUCUGGUUUCAUCCUAUCCCCAAACUUUCCCCACCCCUAUCCACACAGCAAGGAUUGUGAUUGGUUUAUCACUGUCCACUCGGAUUAUGUCAUCUCAUUAGCAUUCAUCAGCUUCAGCAUUGAGCCCAACUACGACUUCCUGUACAUCUACGACGGCCCUCACGGCAACAACCACCUGAUCGGGACGUUUCAGGACGGCAAGCUUCCAGAGAAGCUGGAGAGCAGUUCUAAUGUCAUGCACAUAGCCUUCCGCAGCGACGGCUCAGUGAGCUACACCGGCUUCCAUCUGGAGUACAAGGCUAAGCUGCGCGAGGCGUGCUUCGACCCAGGCAGCGUGAUGAACGGCACGCGUGUGGGCAGCGACUACAAGCUGGGCUCCACUGUGACCUUCCACUGCGAGCCGGGCUACCAGCUGCAGGGCUACUCCACCCUCACGUGCGUCAUGGGCCAGACCAACCGGCCCGAGUGGAACAGACCCCUGCCCGGCUGCCAAGCGCCGUGCGGGAGCAGGUCGGCGACCUCCGAGGGUACCGUGCUGUCACCCAACUACCCCCACAACUACACCCAAGGCCGUGUCUGCGUCUACGAGAUAGCCGUGCCAGGGGAGUUCGUGCUUUUCGGGCAGUUUCUCUUCUUUCAAACCACCCCCAGCGACGUGGUGGACAUCUAUGACGGGCCGUCUUCAGAGUCCCCCCUCCUGACGUCCAUCUAUGGCUGGCACUCGGGAGAACCACUGCCCCUGAGCUCCGGCAAUGAAAUCACCAUCAAAUUUACAACAGAGGGGCCAAACACUGCCAAAGGUUUCCAUUUUGUCUAUCAAGCUGUGCCUAGGACAAGCGCAUCCCAGUGCAGCUCCGUGCCGGAGCCGCGGUUUGGGAAGCGAAUGGGCAGCGACUUUGGGCUCAGUGCGGUGGUCCUCUUCGAGUGUAACCCGGGCUACACCCUACACGGCACCAGCGCCAUCAGGUGCGAGGCUGUGCCCAACAGCCUGGCCCAGUGGAACGGCACCGUGCCUACAUGUACCGUUCCUUGCGGAGGUAUCCUCACCGCACGACGAGGGACCAUUCUCUCUCCAGGUUACCCUGAACCCUACGACAACCAUCUGAACUGCGUUUGGAAGGUCUUUGUGCCAGAGGGGGCUGGAAUUCAGAUCACUGUUGUGACUUUCUCCACCGAGCACAACUGGGACUCCCUGGACUUCUACGACGGCGUGGACGGCAACGCUCCGCGCCUCGGAAGCUAUUCCGGGACCACCAUUCCUCCUCUGCUGAACAGCACGUCCAACAACCUGUACCUCACCUUCCAGACCGACAUGAGCGUGUCUGGCGCCGGAUUCCACCUGGAGUAUGCAGCAAUAGGUUUGGACUCCUGCCCGGAGCCGCAGCCUCCCAGCAACGGUGUCCGGGUCGGAGAGCGUUACAUCGUCGGAGACGUGGUUUCCUUCCAGUGUGAACAAGGUUACACUCUGAAGGGUAGCCCACAUAUAACCUGCAUGCCAGGACCUGUCAGAAGAUGGAACCACCCGCCACCUCUCUGUCUAGCUGAGUGCGGAGGCUCCCUGGCCGACCUGGAGGGCGUCAUUCUGAGCCCGGGCUUUCCUGGGAACUACCCUAGUGGGCUGGACUGCACCUGGACAGUUCAACUCCCCGUUGGCUUCGGGAUCCACCUGCAGUUCCUGAACUUCUCCACGGAGGCGGUCCACGACUACCUGGAGGUGUGGAGCGGGAGCGCGGCUGCGAGCUCCGUGAUCGACCGCUUCAGCGGCUCCACCGUGCCGGAGUCCUUCUUCAGCACUACUCACGAGACCAGCUUCCUGUUCCACAGCGACUACUCACAGAACAAGCCUGGCUUCCACAUCACCUAUGAGGCCUACGAGCUCCAGAGAUGCCCAGACCCAAGGCCCUUUCGCAACGGGCAGGUGGUGGGCGGCGACUUCGGAGUAGGGAUGACCAUUUGGUUCCAGUGCCUGCCGGGAUAUACGCUGCUGGGCCAGGCCUCGCUCACCUGCCUGCAUGGGGUCAGCCGGAACUGGAACCACCCGGUGCCUCGCUGCGAAGCACUUUGCGGGGGCAACCUGACCGCCACGGAGGGAACCAUCUAUUCUCCGGGUCACCCAGACGACUACCCCAACCUGAAAGACUGCGUGUGGACCAUCCGGGUGGCACCGGGCAACGGGAUUCGCAUCAACUUCACUGUGCUCAACACGGAGCCCAUCUACGACUACAUCACAAUCUGGGAUGGGCCGGACCAAGCCUCCCCACAGAUCGGCCAAUUCAGCGGAAGCUCAUCUCAGGAGGCCGUCUCCAGCACGUCCAAUCACGUCCUCAUAAAGUUCCACAGUGACUUCAGCACCAGCGGGUUCUUUGUUCUCCGUUACCAUGCGUACCAGCUCCGUGUAUGCCAGGCGCCUCCACCUGUCGUCAACGCCGAGAUCCUUGCUGAUGAUGACGAGCUGGACAUUGGAGACAUCAUCAGGUAUCGCUGUCGGCCUGGCUUCACACUGGUGGGCAGCGAGAUCCUGACCUGUAAGCUGCUCGAGAGGCUACAGAUGGACGGCCCGCCUCCCGUGUGUCAAGUGCAGUGUCCUGACAGCAAGGUCCUGUUUGACUCAAUGGGGGUGAUCCUGAGUCCAGGCUAUCCGGAUACUUACCCCAACCUGCAGAUGUGCUCCUGGAUGAUGAGUGUGGAGAAAGGCUACAACAUCACCCUGCACUUUGAGUUCUUCCAGACCGAGAAGGACUUUGACAUCCUGGAGAUCUUUGACGGGCCCAGCAGCUAUAGCCAGAGUCUGGCCGUGCUCAGCGGAGACCUGGCCGUGCCCUUUAGCCUGACGACCACAGGACACCAGCUCUUCCUCCGCUGGUCGGCCGACCACGGCACCAACAGGAGGGGCUUCCGCAUCACGUACGUGGCAAUGUACUGCAGUACCCCAGACUCCCCUCAGCAUGGCUUUGUGGUUAGCCAAACGGGCGGCCACGUCAACAGCGUGGUCCGUUGGGCGUGCGACCGGGGCUACAGGCUCAUUGGCAAAAGCAUGGCCGUCUGCAGAAGGGCCGAGUUCGGCUACCUGGCCUGGGACUCUUCCGUGCCAGCCUGUCAAGCGGUGUCCUGUGGCGUGCCAGCGUCCCCCGUCAACGGAGGCGUGCUGGCGUCCGACUACUCGGCAGGCACGCGUGCCGCUUACUUCUGCAACGAGGGCUUCCGCCUCUCCUCCAAGGAGGUGACCAGCACGGUGUGCCAGGCCGAUGGCACCUGGAGCAGCCACAACAAGAUCCCGCGCUGCACGGUCAUGGUGUGUCCGAGUAUCGGAUCUUUCUCUCUGGAUCACGGCAAGUGGAGGAUCGUCAACGGCUCUCGCUACGAAUACGGAACCAAGGUCGCCUUCAGCUGUAACCCCGGAUACUACCGCCUGGGCCCUGCCCACAUCCACUGCACGUCCAAUGGGACAUGGAGCUGGCGAAACGAGCGGCCCCGCUGCAAGAUCAUUUCCUGUGGGAUGCUGCCCACUCCUCCUAAUGGGAAGAAAAUUGGAACCCAAACGACCUUCGGCGCGACGGCCAUUUUCGCCUGCGAGGUGGGCUACGUUCUGGUGGGCUCCACCGUGCGGGAGUGCCUGGCGUCGGGACUGUGGAGCGGGACCGAGACUCACUGCCUGGCGGGUCACUGCGGCGACCCAGAGAGGAUGGUGAACGGCCAGGUCAUCGGCGAGAACUUUGGCUACCGGGACACGGUGGUGUACCAGUGCAACCCUGGCUUCCGCCUGCUGGGUUCCUCCGUGCGCAUCUGCCAGCAGGACCACACGUGGUCGGGCCAGCUGCCGUCCUGCGUGCCCGUGAGCUGUGGCCACCCUGGCAGCCCGAUCUACGGGCGCACGGCAGGCGACGGCUUCAACCUGAACGACGUGGUUACCUUCCUCUGCAACAGCGGCUACGUGCUGGAGGGUCCGUCACAGGCCCAGUGUCAGGCCGACCGCGUCUGGAGCCAGCAGCCACCCACCUGCAGAGUGGUUAAUUGCUCGGAUCCAGGGAUACCUGCCAAUUCUAUACGGAAGAGCAAAAUCGAGUUUGGGAACUUCACCUUCGGAACAGUGGUGUCGUACGACUGCAACCCUGGAUAUCACCUCUUUGGGGCAGCGGUUCUGACCUGCCAGCCAGUGGGUUACUGGGAUAGGCCGUUACCGGAAUGCGUUGAGGUCGAGUGCGGCCACCCCGGUGUUCCGCCCCACGGAGUCCUAACCGGAGACAAGUUCACCUUCGGCGCCACCGUGCGGUACUCCUGCACCGGAGGCCGGGAGCUGAUUGGAGACUCCGGCCGCAACUGCCAGCUCAGCGGCCAGUGGAGUGGCUCGCUGCCCCACUGCUCAGGGGAGAUGGCAGGUGAGUGUGGUGAUCCCGGUACACCUGCACACGCCACAAGGGAGGAGGGGACCUUUCAGCUGCGGCCCAAAGUGCGUUUCACCUGCGCCCCGGGGCACACGCUCUACGGCUCCGCCGAGCGCAUCUGCUUCCCCAACGGCACGUGGUCAGGACGCCAACCCACCUGCAAACCGGUCCAGUGCGGUAACCCCGGCGGUCCCGCCAACGGCCGCGUCUCCCGUCUGGACGGCACCGCCUUCUCCCACUCGGUCUCCUAUAGCUGCGCCGAUGGCUACCGGCUCGCGGGCUCCCCCUCGCGGGUGUGCCUAGCCAACGGCACCUGGUCCGGCACGGAGCCCAACUGCACCCUGAUCAGCUGCGGUGACCCCGGCGUCCCGGCCAACGGCCUGCGCUUCGGCGAGCUCUUCACUGUGGGCCAGAACGUCAGCUACGCCUGCCAGCCGGGCUACCUGAUGGAGAACGGGAGCAGCAGCACACGCACCUGCACCCAGAAUGGCACCUGGAGCGGACACCUGUCCACCUGCGAAGUGGUGACCUGCCCCCCUCCUGCCCCGAUAGCCAACGGCGAGGUGGAGGGGUCCCUCUUCCGGUGGGGCACGAGCGUAAGCUAUGGCUGCCUGGACGGCUACGAGCUCUCCUUCCCUGCUGUGCUCACCUGCAUCUCCAGCGGUGCCUGGAGCGGCGAGGUGCCCCUGUGCAUGCCGAAGUUCUGCGGUGAUCCAGGCAUCCCGUCCCAUGCCAGGAGGGAGGGGCAGAGUUUCAUCUUUAAAUCGGAGGUGCUGUACAGCUGUAGCGCCCCCUACGUGCUGGUGGGCUCGUCCUCACGCAUCUGUCAGGCUGACGGCACCUGGAGUGGCAGCCAACCUCGAUGUAUAGAAUCAACCAGCACAACUUGUGAAAAUCCAGGGACCCCAGAGUACGGUUCCCUGAAUGCAAGCCUGGGCUUCAAGGUGGGCAGCGUAGUGAGGUUCCACUGCCAGACUGGGCACUUGUUACUGGGCUCCACUACGAGAUCCUGCCAGCCGGACCUUACCUGGAGCGGCAGCCAGCCUGAGUGCAUCCCCCACUCGUGCAAGCAGCCGCGGAGCCCACUGCACGCCAGUGUGCUGGGCCUGGACCUGCCCACACUUGGCUACACCCUCAUCUACUCCUGCCAGCCUGGCUUUCUCCUCACUGGGGGCUCUGAGCAUAGAAUGUGCCGGCCCGACGGAUCCUGGACUGGGAAAGUGCCUGUUUGCAGAAUUGGCUCAAAGCCAAUGGAAAAAAUGACAGUUCCUGUUCAAGGAACACCGAGCCCCAAACCCAACGUUCCCGACGACGUGUUCGCGCCUGCGUCCAUCUGGAAGGGCUCGCUGGAGCACAGGGCGGUCAAACAGCCGACGACUCUGACAAUCACUGGCUUUAACGCCACCACGGGGAGAGUGAACGCCACUCUCAGCAGCAGGAAUGCCGAGCUCCUGCUGUCAGGCGUGUAUAAGAGCAGAGAGGCGCGUCUGACCCUGGCGAUGUAUCUAAUUAGGACACUGGAUGGCAGCUCACACACUACACCCAGCGAGGACCCCUGGACCAUGGAUGGCUUUGUGUCGGCUGAACACGAGGGGGGCGCGUAUGUGUUCCAGGGCUACAUACAGGGCCGGGAUUACGGACAGUUUGGACUACAGAGACAAAGUCUGAAUGCCACCGAGAGCACUCGGAGCGUGGAGGGUCCGUCAGGGUCCAGCAGCAGCUCCGUGGUGGUGGCCAUCCUCGUGCCUUUCUUUGCCCUGAUCUGCGCAGGGUUCGGAUUUUACCUCUACAAACAGCGGAGGGCGGACAAGGCCGAAUUCACAGGCUGCUCGGCGCACGAGAACAGCAACGGUCAGGCCACGUUCGAGAACCCCAUGUACAACACCAACUCCAAAACCAUCGAGGGCAAGGCGGUCCGCUUCGACCCCAACCUCAACACCGUCUGCACCAUGGUUUGACGGCGAUCUGGACGGUCCGUCUGGACCGGACGUCGCGUCGGGCACAGGGAUCCGUUUGUUUUUUUCCCUGAUGCUGACGGCCAGAAAGGAGUCUUGUCCUACGUCUGAGAGGAGGCGCAGGCGUAGGGGAGACGGUCAAGCACAGUUUAGAGGAGCCGAUACUCACGUACGCCUGUGGCUUUAAGCGUGGCCUGCUUUCUGGAUUGGGGACGGCACAGGGUCGGGAGGAAGUAGCUUCACGCUCGGAGUGGAGUGUUUUAAGACGUGUAUCUCACUCUAAGAGUGCUGUAGAUUUUUGUAUUUCCGAGGGGGGAAGAAAAAAAAAAGAUUUGUCCGUGCGUUAUUUUUAAACCAGAGGAGGCAUUAUUUGAAACAGUGGGGGGUUGUGUGCCGCUUGUUUGUUGGAGAAAGGGUUUCAUCAGCCUUUCCCAGAGUGCUGCGCUGACCUGGCCCGAGGUUCCCCGCGUCAUCGUGUGUAUAUCGCUUUAUUGAACUGGCUUCAUCCUUUUCACGUCUUUCCCACCCUCCUGCACAUCAGUCCUGAACAGUAUAAAGGAAAUGGCUGACCAACGUCCCCUCCGCUCUGCUGUUCAAUCGGCCAUGCUUUUUCAACCGCCACAUCCACGCCACGCUUUUUCUUUAUUCGGUUCGCGCUUUGGUAAUAAGUGCUACUAAUCCUCAGUUAGUGACUCUCACCGGGUUGCAUUUCUGCGUCAGGAAUUUCAUCACGGAGGAAUCUGGACCAUGGCAUGGCCCCUGAUUUUGCACAUUUGCCAGUGGUUUACUUUAUUUGAGUAAGAGUUCUGUCCCUGCGCAUGUGAUAUCUGACAAACCACCACAUAGUGCUUGAGUCGCCACCACUGAGCGUUUCCAUCCUCAUAACAGUGCCUUGUUAAAUACUCCACCUGUUAAACUGUUUCACUUCUGAAAAAAAAAUUAAAAUAACAAUAAUUAUAUAUAUAUAUUUAUUUAUCGACGUCUGAUACUUCUGAUCUGCCAAAUGUGAUUCGGUGUAGCAUCACUACUACGUUUGACUUUUCUGUGCUGAAAAUCCUCUCAUGCGUUUCCUUUCGCAGUUUGUAUAUUUAUAUGGAUUUUCACACAUUUUUUUUUCUUUGACAAGUGUUGGUUGUUCUUUUUUUUUUCUUCGAGAAGUGUGUUGUCAUUUAGUGUUUUUUGGCUAAAAUUGUUAUUCACAGUAAAUCUGAAAAUUUAAGAUAUGGGAUUACGUUUGAAUAUUGGCUCCUUCAGAUGGGUCCACCUUGUUUGUAAAUAUAUUCAUAACAAAUGUACAGAUAUUUAAACUUUUUGAGAAGAGUUAUAUUUUUGCGACAAGUACGACUUUGUAAAAACAAAAGAUUACGUAAUGUAAAUAUCCAUUUGUAAAUGCCAUUUACAAA